AUGGAUUCCAACGAGCAGAAAUUGGUUAAAAAGAAAACGAAAUACGCCAACGAAUGCAACUAUGUAGCGUUGGCCGAAACAUGUAUGCUGCUAGGUGCCUUCUACCAAGAUCGUGAAGAACAUCUACGAGCCCUGAACGAGUACAAGCUCGCAGCGAAAGCGUACGAAAAGUUAAACAAACUCAUGGAUCGAGGGCUUGCAUUUAGGAUGGUGGGUGAAAUGCAUGCCGCUCUGGGGCAGUUUAAAGAAUCGCUACAAAAUGUGCAAGCGUACAUGCGAGCCGCCCAAAGGGAAGGCAAUACGAAGGCAUUACAGGAAGCCCAUACCACCCUUGGGCGGGUGUAUCUACAACGGGCUGAGUCCCUCCAACGGCUGGGUAAAACGUCCAACGCUGAGACGGAUUUAACCGAGGCCGAAAAAGCGUUCCGCACCGCACUUUCGAUCUGUGACGAGCUAAAACGAAUUCUGCCCAAAAACGAACUAUUCAACAUGCAGGCCCGUGCACACCUGAACCUUGGCAUUACGCUUGACUCACAGAACCAAAGAGGGCCGGCAAAGGAAAACAUGGAACGUGCCAUCCGACUCGCGAAGGAAGCCGAUCUGUUCGAUCUGCUCUACACGUGCUACAAUGCGAUGGCACUGUCCUGCUCUCGAUGGGAAGCGACGGACGGAACGGGCGAAUGUGGACAAACGUUACGUUUGCUAAACCUAAGCCUGGAGGUAGCAUCACGGCUUACGAAUCGUGCCUCGAAAAUGUGCCAAACGCUAAUGCUGAUGGGUACGUUCUUUCUGAAGAUGGAUGAUUUUCAAAGCGCACGCCAAACGUUAAAGCGAGCGUACCGACUAAAGACACCCGUUGCGGUCGAUGCGAAAAGGAUCGCACACAAGCUGAAAGUGCUUGUCGCCAUGUGUCGGAUGGAGGACGAACUGAUAACGACAGAAGCGACCAAUUUCGCACGCCGGAAGGAGCUGUACGAGCGCAUGGGUGAUGGGGCGUGUAAGUUACGCAAUUUUAGUAAAGCGAUCGAUUACUACAAGCUGAUGUUGCAGAAUGCGGAAUCGCUGGGAGAAACCAACCGUCAGCUGAUACCGUGUUACGUGAGCCUGUACCAAACGUACAUCGACAAUCGGCAAUACGAGCAAGCGCUCGAAUAUCUUUGGAAGGAGCAUAAAAUCAUCAGCAACGAGCCGAAGGAAGCGUACGAUACGUUGAUGAAGAUCGGCAAGCUUUACGAGCGUCAGCAGAAAUCAUUCUUCGACAUACAGGAAAUCUAUCUGCAGGCGAAAGAAGAGGCAAAAAAGCUGCAAUCGAUCGACCUGCAACGUGCGCCGGUACUGCGUGCGGUAAAGGUCUUGCGAGCGCACUGUAUGGACAUGAUGGCGGACAAGAUAGAGCAGGAUGCGCUGGGGGAAGGUAUAACGCUUGCGGAUAAGGUACCGGAACCUGAUAGUGAGGAGUGGCCGGAUGCAAAUCAAUCGUACGAUCUGGCCGACCUGGAAGCUGAGGAAGGAGAGGAAGAAGGGCAGGAAGGGGAUACGCCGAACGUGGGUGAUGAAAUCGAUCUAACCGUUGACCUGUCGGAUGAUUCCGAUGGAGAUCCAGCCCUUACUAUUGGAGAAGAUUUAAACCAUUCCUCCACAGCGACAGCUUCCCGUAGUAGAAAGCGCGGCAAACGGUUCACUGUGCGUCGCAAUAAAAAGGGUGAAACGCAGCUUCACCAAGCGGUCAUCGCAGGGAAUAAGGCUCUCGUCGAGCAGCUGCUCCAGCUAGGCCAUCCGGUAAACGAGCGUGACUAUGCCGGAUGGCUUCCGCUGCACGAAGCAUGCAUCCACGGGUAUCCGGACAUUGUCACGCUACUGCUCAACCGUGGUGCUCACAUCAACGAUAAGGGUGGUACUAGUUGUGAAGGUAUCACUCCGCUACAUGAUGCCUGCCGUAAUGGACAUUUGAAUGUGGUUACGGUACUGUUGGAACGGGGAGCGAAUGCGACACAGCGUAAUGAUUUUGGCGAGACCGCCCUUAGCAUGCUGGACGGAUGGUAUGAAAAGCUGAAGAUCCCGCUAACCGACACUGAAAUGGAUGGGUACCUACGUAUUCGGCAGCAGCUGGUAGCACAGUUUGAUGCCGCUGCAAUUUCAACAUCACCGGUAAAAAUUGCACCACAAAAAUCGACUUUAAAAAAAUCGGCCGAAAAACAAAUAUUAAAGCGACACCAUUCGAACGGAAAUUUUGAACCUUCAUUGCCACUUGUUUCACCAAGAUCGACCGGUAUUCCUUCGGUACGGCACCGUAACGCUAUAUACGAUGAUAAUCGUUCGGAAAGUUCGGACGACUCGCCCAACGAGAACGAGAGCGACAAGAAGCGAAAAUCUAAAUCUGCCAGUAUAGCCGAGUAUCAAAACGUGAUGAAAGCGAUGCGAAAAAAUCUUCUCUCGGAUGAAGUAUCACCAAAGCCUUCCUCUUCCUCGCAGAAAAGACGUCAAACGUAUCGAUUCGUGGAUGAGGACGAUGAGAACGAUAAAAGGGACGACGACUGGCUGAUCGAUGAUAUGAAACCGUCGGCAAAGAAAAGUCGUGUUAGUUGUGAUUUGCUCAGUACCUCAGUACACGGAGGUGGAUUGGGAAGAAGUAAAUCGUCCUCUUCUUUAACCAACACACCUACCAACCAACGGACGGUGGAGAGUAGACGGGUCCAACCCACAACGUUCGAUGGUGAUUAUGAGACCGAUACGGAUGAUGACGAUCCUUUUGAACUGCAGAUGGAACGGAAUCGUAAUGAAGACAACCACCGUGCAUCGCAGGAAAGAGAUGGCAGCACCGUCGGAACUGCGUUCGAUGUGCUAAUGAACAAUUCGUCCAAAAGCUUUCAACGAAUCCAACCAUCGCGACGAAGUUCGAGUGAAUCGCGAUCGUUCUCUUUUAGUGGGGGACGACGAUCUUCAAUCCAUCAGUCAUCGCUUCUGGAUGCUGGUUUCGGGCGCGUAUCUAGCCAUUCACCAGUAGAGGAUCAAGGGGAAGACUGGGAUCCAGUUCCGGAACUGUAUCAAUCGCCGGUUAAAUCAACACCCGAAUUCUACACACCACCUGCAUCUGUACCUGUACCUGUGGUGUAUGAGUAUAUUAUAAGGGUGAUCCUGGCGGGAUCGAGCGAAACGUACACGGUGCAUUAUGACGAGAAGCUAAUUUCAACGACACAAACGGUUGCCUGGUUACGGAAUUCAGUUGCUAUGCAGUACAUGAUGAAAUACGGCAAGCGGCCCACAAUUAAAUUAAAUUCAACGGAAGGAUUUGACACGUGGACGGAUUCCGAAGCACUGCAAGAACUGAUCAAAAACAAUCCUCCCGACGGUACCAUACUGCAAGGCGAAAUUGGCGGUUGGGAACCGAUCAAUUUGGGACAGUUUUACGAUGAGUACUCUCAGAAACAUAAACUUGAAACACACGAUGGCUUACGAACCCAGCUAAUAAUGAUGGAUCGAACUACCGCAAUCGUUAUGAAGCCUGACUUUGCCUACAGCACACCAUCGAUUCCCAUUCCACCACACCACAUACUCUCGAUGGUUCUUCUAGUGGGCUUUUUUCAACAGGAUUGGUUGAAGCAUUUAGACCUUUCCAUGAAUCGCAUCACGGACGAAGAUAUGGCAACACUUGUCCGAUACCUGCCAGCCUGCCGGCAACUUCGCAUCCUACGGUUGCAAAUGAAUCUUCUCACACACAAAGCGGUCGAGAUGCUUUGCUUUGGUUGUACCGAUUCGGCAGAAACGACCGUUGGUACUGAUGAAGGAGUUGCUGCAAUCGCUAACUCUAAUGCGCUCGGAGCAGGAAGUUUAACCGAGCUAGACUUAAGCCACAACCCACUGUACGACGAAAGCUUAGUGCCGCUUAACCGGCUGUGUAGCAAUUUGUCAUGUUUGCGUAUUUUAAAUCUUCGCUCCACGGAAAUAACAUCACUGCCCAACAACAUCGACAUCAAACGCUUGCAAACGUUGGACGUGUCAGAAAAUCCGCUCACAGAACAAUCCGCCCAAUAUCUGUUGCAGCAGCAGCUGGGUGAAGGUGUCCUCCGUGAGGCACAUUUUAAAUCGCUUCCCGUUUACUGUGGCAACUUUAAGCCGAUACUUUGGCAAACACUUUCCCACCAUCGUAUCGAUGGUUUGCGAAUACUCAAUCUGGCCAACUGUCGGCUGUCGGAUGAUGAUCUAGAAUCUUCUCUUUUACCUGCCAUCGCGCGAAACUGUCCUUCGUUGACACAUUUGGAUUUGUCGCUAAAUUGCGGGCUAACGAAACGUUCUUUUCUGGCCAUUUUAAGAAACUGUGCUGGAGCCGUAUUUGAUUUGCGGGAAGUAAGUUUCGAGCACGAUGUGCAGCUGUGGAUCGAUAUGGAAACGCACACGUCAACCGAUGAGUUGUUGAAGUUAAUCGAAUACAGCCCUAGCGGACGGUAUCCUCGGCAGAUAGAGGCUUAUCUGCCAGCUCACGGGUAUAGUGCGGAACGGUACGAAAAGCUGCUAGCAGUGAUUGAGGACUUUUGGUGCGCACUAUGGUCAUCGAGACAAUCGUUCACGAGACGGCUAGCCGGUAGUUUGCAGGUAACGCUUGGCGUUGAUGCAAUUAGUUGA